CCACACCGGCCCUGCCUCCUGCUCAAUCGGCCUCUCCCCACCGACCAAGUAAUGCUCACUCCGCUGGAUGACCUCGUGUCCAUCUUCUCCUCAGUAUCCACGUACCAGACAGGCAAAAACACCCUUGUGCUGGACCGUGGCGUCUCCAGCCAGUUGAACUUUCUAACAGAGAACCACUUCUCCCGCUUCUCGUCGCAGGCAAACAUCGACAAGAUCCUGUGGUACGACGCCGACACAAUCAGCGAGCAGAUCCAGAACACCAUCGACCCGACCUCCCCGCAUGCCGCCACGUCCCUCGUGUUCCUCUUCAACCUACACUCCAAGGAAAACUUCCUUAAGUUGGACUCUUUUGCUUCCUGCUUGAGAGAUACAAUCCUCCCCCUGAACGCAAACUUCAACGUCCAUCUCAUAGUCGCCCACCCUUCUCUAGACAAAUCCGUCGAAAAAUACCUCUCGACAAUUGGCGUAUUAGGAGACUUAACAUCCUUGCAACUUUGGAACUCCCUCCUUUACUUUGAAAUCUCUCCCGACAUUUACUCCCUAGAGUCCGGCCCAGAUGCCGCAUUCUCCCAGUUGUUCCUCGACAAUUCGCCAUUACCGCUCGAGCUUCUUGCUAAACUACUGCUUGACUUGUACAUUUCCUCGGAUUACAAGCUCAGAAUAACAAACAUCUAUCUCAAAGGUGAAAAGUCCCACCAGUUCUGGAAAAUCUACGAACGAAUACUAGAUUCCCACUUACAAACCCUUUCAGACAACCAGAGAAAAAUUAUUGACGAUAUUGACGAGACUAUUUUCAUGGACUUACACUCCUUUUAUAAUAACGCAGUUGACUUCAUAUGUUUAGAUCGCUCAAAUGAUAUAGUCAGCUUGUUGUUAACACAAUUGUCUUACUCUGGACUAUGCAAUGAGAUAUUCAACCCCUCAACCCAGCUGGAAAUGAUUCAGUUCAAACCCUCCGACUCAGAUGAAGUGAUGAAAUUCAAACUCGACGAUUCUUCUGAUGACAUAUACCCCCAAAUAAAGUAUUUGAAUUUCAGCCACGUAGGCCCGGUACUCAACCACAGGGCGAAACAACUACAAUUAGAGUUUGAUAGAAGGAAGAAGCUGAAAGACUUGGAUGAAAUGAAAUCUUUUGUCAAUGAGUUGAACAGUUUGAAAAACAUGCAAUCUUGGGUACAGAAGCAUACAAAUUUGGCAGGGUUCAUAAUCCACUCUUUCAAGAAAGAUGCGCUAGAUCUUACAUCAGGCGUACCACUCUUGGACGAUCUUAGUAUCGAACCCUUUGAAAGCAGAAAUCUGGGUAAUCUUUCACUUGAUUCCUAUUAUGCCCAACUAAUUGAGCUUCAACAAGAUAUAGUGUCAAAUCAGAUCAACACCGCACAGAUACUUGCAAGAAUCUCUGACCUGUUGAUCAACUUCAACUCAUCAUUGAGCGACGCCACUAAAUUGGUAGUACUAACUUCGAUUGUGAAGAAUGGGAUAAAAGAAUCUGAUUUCCAAACCCUUCAUCUCGAGAUGGUAAAUAAAUUUGGAACACUCCAAGUCACUCCUAUCUUACUCAACCUCCAAAAAUUGAAAAUUUUGCAAAUCAAAAAUAACAACCAGCAGUUAGCAUUUUGGUCUUUCUCGGAUAACUCGUUAUUACCUUCUAAAUCGCAAAGCAUUUUGAACUUUGCAUCAUUGUCCAAAUCCUUAAAUUUGCUGCCCCUUCAUGGUGAUGAAGACAGGUCUGAUGGUCUCUUUAACGAUCUAGCAGGUAGAUACACAGACGCAGAUUUUGGAUAUCCGGGGUAUGUUCCUGUUUUUGCAAGACUAAUCCAGUCAAUUUACGAUCGUUCUUUUUUGAAUCCACCCAACUCGGCAGUUGAAAAUCGAAAACCCACACAACAGCAGAUUGACUCUAGAAGGGCAAUAAAAUACGGAUGGAGUAAUGUCGACUUAGACCAGCUCAGUGGGCCAACAAAACAAGAGUUCCUUGUUCCUGAAUCUAAAAGGAAACUGUUCAAUGCUAUAAUACCACCAAAAAUUUCCGAGCUCAAGGUUAGCAAUAGUCAACCAAAUGCUAAACUAAGCGCACAUUUUAGUACCGUAGUGAUCUGUGCAGUAGGUGGGAUUACAGGCAGCGAAUUGGCAGCUAUAAAAUACGUAUUAAGUUCAAAUUCCUUCACCAAAAAUAAAAGAAUAAUUAUUCUAACCACAGGAAUGAUAAAUGGAACCCAGUUCAUUAACUCAAUGUCAAACCCAGCUUGACUUAACUAGAGCUAUGUAUAUUUUCUAUAGUAUCCACUACGAACUUUCUCUUCGUAGUCAAUAAGUAAAGCAACUAGCCCACCAAAGCAGCUUUUUAGUCCAUCGCUAACACUUUCCUUCUUGCACUUCCUGAACGCCAUUUCCCGAGGUAGGUUGCUACUGUAUCCAAAUCCAAAUUUUUCAACAACUGUGUUAUCAGCUAGUGAGAGCUUUACAGUUGUUCGAAUCAUAACAUUACACUUGACCUGCUCCCCUUCUUCUGAACUAAUAACUUCAUAUUUCUCGAGUUUACUCUCUCCGACCUGGCUCAUCCAAUUACUAACUCCGUAAACCCUGUUUGCAAGAUCGAUGAGUCUAUGCAAUCCCAAUCCAAGCUCCAAAUCAUUUCCUUCUUUUAUUCCUUCAACAUUUUCUAAUCCAGAUUCUUCCGUUUUUCGGCGCC